AUGGCUUCGUCCAUGGUCCGGCGCCUGUUUGCAUCAACUCCGGACCUUCUCUCGACGGAGAGCAGCCCCCAAACACCGCUGCUUCCUGCGUUCCACCCAACCACGGCUCCGCUUCCGGCUUUGGGGGCACGCAGAAACCCUCGCUACAACCUUCGUGCAUUUGUCAUCUCACCCCACACUGCCUACUACAGUGGAUGGCAAUUGCUUUUGGCUUUGCUAGUUAUCAUUUCUGCCAUUGUGCCUCCAGUAGAGAUGGUGCUUGACAAUGAAGGAUGGAGUCUUUUAUCCGUUGCCGACAACAUAUGCAACAUUCUAUUCGGCAUUGAUAUCAUACUCACAUUCUUCGUCGCUUACGUGGACAAAUACACGCAUCGUGUUGUUGACGAUCAUCGGAAGAUUGCUACCAAAUAUGCAUUUUCUUGGAUGGUUCCUGAUGUCCUCUCAGCAAUUCCUAUGAGAGCUAUAAAGAAUGUUUCACCGAUGAUUCUGACUGAAUAUGGAUUAUUCAGUUUGAUUCGGCUGUGUCGUCUCAAGCGAAUUGUGGACGUGUUUGACAAAUGGGAGAAUGAUAUCAAAUGGAAUUACAAUGGGUUGAGGUGUGCCAAGUUUGCAUCAGUUGGUAUCUAUGCAAUUAAUCGUGCUGCAUGUCUCUUCUAUGUGCUUGCUGCAUACAACGAUGAUCCUACAGAUACUUGGAUCGGUCAAGCUAUGCCACAAGGAGUCGAUUUCCGAAAGCUCGGCCUCUGGUCUCGAUAUAUUUUUUGCAUGUAUUGGUCCACCACAACAUUCUCCACUGCUGGCUAUGGGGAUUUGCAUCCCGUGAAUUCAAAGGAGAGAAUGGCGUGCACUAUAUAUAUGUUGUUGAUCUUCGCAGCCUCGUCAUAUGUGAUUGGUAAUAUCUCGCAACUGAUGAUCGAUCUUACUAUGAAAAGAAAAAGCUAUAGAGAAUUGGUUCAAGUUGCUACGCAUUUUGCACUGAGGAAUCAGUUGCCUUCUCAUCUUGAAGAGCAAAUGAUAUCACACCUGACGUUAAACUAUAGAACCGACUUGGAGGGCCUACAAGAGAAAAUGAUACUCGAUUCAUUGCCUAAUGCCAUCCGGACGAGUAUCUUACACCAUCUCUUCCACUCGGUUAUUGACAAGGUUUACUUGUUUCGUGGAGUGUCGGAAGGGUUUCUCUUCUCGCUGAUCCGUGACAUGAGUGUGGAGUAUUUCAGUCCCAACAAAAAUGUGAUCUUGCAGAACGAUGCGCCGACGGACUUUUAUAUUAUUGUCUCGGGUGCAGUGGAGCUACUGGAUAUGAGAAAUGAACAAGGGGUUGUGGGAGAGGCACAAAAGGGUGAGCUUGUUGGUGAGGCACGAAAGGGUGAGCUUGUUGGUGAAAUUGGUGCGAUUUGUUUUAAGCCUCAAUUGUUCACGGUGAAAACGAAGAGGCUAACCCAACUAUUAAGGCUGGAGCGCACUAAAUUUCUCGAUAUUGUUAAAGACCAUAUUGAAGAUGGAGAAACAAUUGAGAAAAACUUUUCUGAGCAUUUGAAUGACCCGGGAAUGGAGCAACUACUUGAGGGUAUGUCGAUAGGUAACUUGAUUUCAGCCGGAAAAGGGCAUCUGACAGUGGCAUCGCGGACAAGGGAUAAGGCACCAUCAAGAGACGAUGCGCUUCUCACCUCAGGGGUGCCUGCCGGGGUCUCCGAGACAGGAAAGGCUACCUCCUCGGCGGUGGUUGCCCCUUGA